AUGGUCCCACCACCUCGGACAGGAACCUUUUCUCCAAACUCAACACAGGCCUUGCAGACCGGCUCUAGUCACUCGCCUCAUCCGUCCUACACUGGCGGCCUGAGUGCUGCUGCCAGCCCUAGUACCAGUAGCCCCACUGGGAACAGCUCCUUGAUCAAGAUUGUCGUCGCUCAGGUAUUUCUCCUCCUGAGCACCAUCAAGGACGACAAGGACGACCCGUCCAAGUGGAAUCACCAAGUGGAACAGUUGAAGAAGCUCAUCGAUGACUACGGCAUGGAAGUGUAUACCAAAUAUAUCUCUCGCCUGAUAGCGAGUAAUGGCUCCACGAUAUUCCCCGGCACCAAAGCCCCGCCCGGGGGGAACAAGGACAACUACAAACUCCUUGUCGCCGAGAUGGGGAAAAUAGCGCUCGACGUGGACCAAGCCCGCAAGAUUGCCGAAUCGGUUGAGACCGGGACUGAAGACCUCUUCCGAGACUUUGACCUAUCUACCUUCAUGGAACAUUUCAGAUUGGAUGCUCUGGAGAAGACUGCUCUAGCUCUGGCUUUCAAGUUAGGCCCACGGUCAGAUCUCAAGACAAAAGCCGACGCAAUUCUUUCGACAAACUUUCCCACAUUCCUCAAUCUCCUUGCGAAGCCGAACGGCACGGACCCCCAUGACCUCAGCCCGGCUUUCAUCUCGGUGUUGGUCGAUCGAUUCAUACAACUCCAUCCUCCCAACUUUAAUGCAGCUGCAGAGGCCGAAUUGAUCAACAAAGUCAACUCUCGCUAUGCCUCGAUCAGCCAAACCCCGCCAUCAGAGGUCCUUGCCGCCCUUGACUUGAUCAGGGUGCUCGCAGAUCGACGCCCAAAUACCCUCGCCCUGUAUAUAUCCCGGACGGGGGCCGACUUCACCCGGGACGAAGACAGUUGCGCCGAAUACCUCCGCAAGCGCCCUAACAAUGUGCAGCUCGGCGAGGAGCAGGUAGCGCUCGCUCUGACAUAUACGACCAUCUCACAUACCCCAUCCUACAAUCCCGCCAUCCUUGUUGCAGCACUGCGUCGCAACGUGCCCCCUUCCUUCCAGUGGCAGGGCGUCAUCUCGCACUUUGACCGAAAAGAUGCCAGCAUCUCGUCUGCCCAAUUCCUCCGUUUGUAUAAUGCACUGGUGCCCAUCGCUCGGGAGAAUCCUAGGUCUAUGGAUAUCCAGCUUCUCUGGGGCGGGAAUUGGGAGAAUCCCGAGGUGCAACUGUCGUUCAUUUGCGCAUUCGCGUCUUUGACCCCGGACCAGCUAGACGCAACAACAAUUCCUGGGCUGCACACCACGUUCGAUCUGGAGACAUAUGCGCAAGCACCCGCAGCUAUCCAGGAGCGGGCGGCCUAUGCAAUCAAACACCCUUUGGUGUCGCUUGCUGCUCUCUCCGCCAUCUUCCACGUGGCUCUGCAUUCGCUAGAAGCGUCCACCAGUCGAGAAGCUAAGCGCUUGUUCCAGGAUGUUGUUGUCCCCAACCUGGACAUCUUUAUCGUGUCGGCUAUAGGCGUUCCCAAGCCAUGGCCAGAUAUGGCAAAGGACACUUUGAACACGCUCCUGGAUAACUACCUGGCUAAGCGAAGUCCAAAUUAUGAUUUUGUGCUGGACAGCACCUGGAGGAAGGAGAAGCCCUGGGUAAAGCAGAGGCUCAUCGAGAUCCAUGCUAUGCAUCCCAUGGAUCUACCUGUCAUGUUUGAGCACGCUGUCAAGCACAAGUGGCUCAACGAACUCGUGUAUCUCCCCAAUGGAUUCGGCCUUGACCUUACUGCGUAUGCACACGCUGAAGGCUUCAUCGACCUUGCCGAAUGGGCACGGAACAAUGCCGACCGGAGUACCGAAAUAGCUCGUUCGCUCAUUCAAUUCCUGAUGAUAAAGUCGAACCAAGAAAUGCAGUCGCAGCGUCCGGAUGGGAUUUCAGGCCAAGCACAGGGAGCCAAGAACAGCAUCCCCCUCCGAGUCCGGACUGUUUCUGCGCUCCUCAACAUCCUUGAGGACUUCUUGCCAAAGACGCCCGUGCCAGACUUGAUCCUGGUUCAACGCAGUUGUAUCACCGUCUACCCACGCCUCAUCAACUAUGGUGAGGGCUACGAUGAGAUAAUUGACGCAAAUGGCCAGAACGGAAAUGCUUUACCUUCAGCUGCAAACAGCAAGAUGGAGGAGCACUACAAGAAGAUGUAUGGCGACGAGAUGCAGGUGCGAACGAUUGUCGAGAUCCUCGAACGCUACAAGCAUUCACGGGACCCGCUCGAUCAGGACGUCUUUGCCUGUAUGAUCCACGGCCUUUUCGACGAGUACAGCCACUUCAGCGACUAUCCCCUGGAGGCUCUCGCCACAACCGCUGUUCUCUUCGGCGGUAUCAUCUCCCACAAGCUAAUUUCCGACCUCCCUUUACAGAUCGGGCUUGGGAUGAUUCUCGAAGCUGUGCGAGACCACCCGCCAGACCACCCCAUGUACAAAUUUGGCCUGCAAGCGUUGAUGCAGCUUUUUUCCCGGUUCCGAGAAUGGCCUGGAUUCUGCGAUCAGCUACUUCAGAUACCUGGCCUACGCGGAACCGAGGCUUGGAAAAAGGCAGACGAUGUCGUUCGCAGUCAUGAUGAAGAGAUGGGACGAGGCCGGAACGGCGCAGGGGCUCUGAGCGGCGAAGCGCUCACAAACGGAAACAAUGAGGAAGGCAUUGGCGGCGAGCAGCAACUCCCGCCAUUCUCUGCCAUCAAUGUCGACGCCAUUCCGCCCGGCGUGUUUUACGAGGAUCCGAAUGGUGAUAUCCAGGGCAAGAUUCAAUUCGUGCUCAACAACAUCACCGAAACCACGCUGCAGAGCAUGUUCGGUGAACUCCGGCAGCUUCUGGAUGACAGACACCAGCAGUGGUUCGCAAGCCACCUGGUCGAGGAGCGUGCCAAGAUGCAACCCAACUACCACCACGUCUACCUGGAUCUGAUCAAGCAAUUCGAGGACAAGGCUCUCUGGCGAGAAGUCCUUCGCGAGACAUAUAUUAGCGUUCAGAGGAUGAUUAACUCGGAGCUUACAAUGCAGACCUCCCUCGAGAGAACCCACCUCAAAAACUUGGGUGGUUGGCUCGGUCUGUUGACGCUUGCCAGAGACAAGCCCAUCAAGCACAAGAACAUCGCCUUCAAGCAGUUACUGAUUGAAGCCCAUGAUACGAAACGUCUGCUGGUCGUCAUCCCGUUUGUCUGCAAAGUCUUGAUAAGCGGCGCGUCCUCCAACGUCUUCCGUCCACCCAACCCGUGGUUGAUGGAUAUUAUUCACCUUCUGAUCGAACUAUACCACAACGCGGAGCUAAAGCUGAACCAGAAGUUUGAGAUCGAGGUCUUGUGCAAAGGGCUGAACCUUGAUCAUACCAGCAUUCAGCCAUCUGGCGAGAUCUUGAACCGUGUGCCCAUCGACGAAGUCGCGGAUCUAGGUGUUCCAGAAGCGGCUCUCGAAUCGUUCGAGAACAUGUCGCUCAAUGGUAUCGGCUCUGGCGUAGGCAGUGCUCUUUCUGCCCACGCUAUCGCCCCCUCAAUUCCUGACCUAGGGCCGAACCUCUCGAUCCCGUCUGUGAGCGAGGUUAUCGUCAGCCCGACUCGCCUUCAUGAAAUUGUCCGCAGCGCACUCACGAGGGCCCUUCAAGACAUCAUCCAGCCCGUGGUUGACCGCUCAGUGGCCAUCGCUGCUAUAGCUACGCAACAGAUGAUCCACAAAGAUUUCGCCACUGAGCCCGAUGAGAACCGCGUCCGUACAGCAGCUAUCAACAUGGUCAAGCACACUGCGGGAAGCCUGGCUUUGGUGACCUCCAAGGAGCCUCUCAGAGCCAACUUCACAAACUACAUGCGGAGCUAUUCUAGUGACCUGCCUCAGGGGGGGCUGCCAGAGGGAACUGUUAUCAUGUGCGUUACGUCAAACCUUGACUUGGCAUCCAGUAUCAUCGAGAAGUCUACAGAGGAGCGGGCUAUUCCCGAGAUCGAAGAGAUGAUCGAGCCCGAGCUCGAGGCUCGACGGCGGCAUCGGAUGCAGAGACCCAAUGAGCCUUACGUCGACCCCGGCCUCAGUCGAUGGGCAUGGACGAUACCCAACCCUUACAAGCUCUCACCAAACAUGGGUGGCUUGAACUCUGAACAGAUGGCCAUCUACGAUGACUUUGCCAGGCAGCCGAGGUCCACUUCCGGGCAGGCGGUAUCUUCACACAUGCCCUCGUCAUCCGACGCGACUCGUGCUAUUACCAACGAGGUUCUUCAGGAUCAGUACAGCUCGGUGCCUAGCAUCCCGACACCAGCAGAAACCCCUGCGGUGCCUAAUCUUGGAGCGCAACUGCAGCCAUAUCCUCAGGCUCACGGUGGGGCUAUGAUCAAUGGCCGGCAGGCUGCUCCCACCAUGGAUACGAGAGUGCUGGUGGAGAGAGUGCAGAAACUUCUCACGGAACUUCAGCGUGCAGCCAUGGAUGCUACCGAGGAACACUUCAGUGAUUUGCCAAGGUCGCAUCCGCUGCUCGAUAUUGUCGAUGCCCUGAUGCAGACGGUUAUCAAGUUCCGACAGCACGGCGAGGAGUAUGCGGUGUUCGCCGCCGAGCAUAUCUGCCACACUCUGUUCCAGCCCUUGGAUAGCACCCUGAUGGUUGAGAGCCUGGUGCACGUACUGGAGUCGCUGCGAAGGAUGGCAGGGCCCGCCCUCAGCCACCGCGUUCACAUGAUCUUCCAGCAACAGCCGGGCAACGUCUUUUUGCAUCUGCCGCUCAUCGCGGCCCUGCUGGGUACGGACCUGCUUGAUUGGAGAAAUAUCAACUCUGCAGUCGCAUCCGCCCUCAAGCAGCGUAAAGAUAGCUCCCUCGAGUUUUUCGAUCAGUUGAUCGAUAUCGUGUUCCUCAACGAGGGCCCGCUGGCCAUGUAUGCCGACUUUGCAGACAGUCUGGAGGAGGCCUGGGCUUGGGUUGUGGAGGAUCCCAAUGUUCCCCACGGGGACCAGUUCAAGUCGAAGAUGAUUGCGCUUAGAGAAGCUCCGUCAUCGACUCUUGUUCCCAGCGAACCCAAUGCUUCUCGUCAGGAGCAGAUGGAGUACGUGUUCGACGAGUGGAUUCACCUGUGCAGCAAUCCCAACGCAUCCGAGAAGCUCAUUGCGAUCUUCAUCCAACAAAUCCACUCCCGUGCUAUCAUCUCGAGCAAGGAGGACUCGUUGGUCUUCGCCAGGCUUGCAAUUGAGAAGUCUGUAGACAGAUUUGAGGUCAACAUGCAGACCGGCGGCGGUCUCGUGGAGGGUUACGCGGCCGUUGACUCGCUCGCUCGCCUCAUGGCUCUGUUCCUCCUAAAGACGACUGGCGACAGUACGACCACGGGCACCUCCGCUCGCGCGGAGUACCUGGAUCUUAUCCUGUCUGUCGGUGUCCUGAUGCUGAACUACCACCACGUCAAGCGGGGUGAACACUUCAAUCAGCGAGUGUUCUACCGCCUAUUCUCCAUGCUGCUCCACGAGGUCAACACGGUCUCUGAGCAGUUCUCCGACGUGGACCGCAACGAGGUCGUACUCAAGUUUGCUGCCAGGUUCGACGACCUUGGGCCGAGGAUGUUCCCAGGCUUCAUCUACGGUUGGCUGUCUCUGAUCCAGCACCGGAUGUUCCUACCAGCCCUGCUUCAGCUGCCUUCGAAUGCCGGGUGGGCACCCUUCACAAAGAUCCUCUGUCAACUGCUCGACUAUGUCGGUGAACAGCUCAAGCAAGUGGACCUCACCAAUGUGGCCAAGGAUAUUUACCGCGCGACCCUCAAGCUCCUGAUUGUUCUGCAGCACGACUUCCCGCAAUAUCUGGCGGCUAGCCACACGAGGCUCUGUGAGAGCAUCCCGUCGCACUGCACUCAAUUCCUUAACAUGGUUCUCUACGCCAGCCCGAUGCCGAAUUCGAAGAUGCCCGACCCUCUCCAGCCCGGCUUGCGCAUUGAUAGAAUGGAAGAAUCCCGUGAUCCCCCGAGUGUGGCUGAGGAUGCCAAUGCCGUCCUGGCCCAAGCUGGUCUUCUGAACAUCCUGGAUCAAGCCCUUCAGUCGGGACCGUCGGAGGAUGCUAUUGCCCACAUCACGCACGCAAUCCAGAGGGCCGGCGUGGGCUUUACAGGGUUUGGAAACGUACCAUACACGGUCAACCUCCCGCUGAUUGAUGCUCUUAUACUGCACGUGGGCUCUUUCGCUGUUGCCCGCGCUCAAAAGGGAGGGCCUGUCUUUGUCGCAGGGGCUUCGGACAUCUCGACUCUAUCGAUGAUCUUGCACGAGCUGUCCUCGGAAGCACGGUACUUCUUCAUCACGGGCAUGAUCAACCAGCUGCGCUACGUCAAUGCCCACACGAAUUUCUUCAGCCAAGCUCUGAUGGAGAUCUUCGGCCACGAUAUGGCAGACCCCGAGGAGAUGGAAAUCCGUGAGCAGAUUUGCCGGGUGCUCCUUGAGCGGGCCAUGGGACUUUGGCCGCAGCCGUGGGGUCUGUUGGUCACCAUCAUCGAGCUUGUCAAGAACGAGAAAUACAUGCUCUUUGAUCUGCCUUUCAUCAAGGCAGCUCCAGAGCUGGCCGAACGCUUCGGUGCCAUUGUCCAACGCCAGUAG